AUGAUGAUCCAUAAAAGAAAUGGUGGCAUUCAGUUGAUAUUUAACCAAUCUGGGCUUAUUUACUUGGAAGAAAAGAAUGGUUCCAUGCUUGUUAUCAAUAAUAAUUCUAGUUCAAGGCAAGGUGAUGAUGAUGAUCAAGUAUUGUACCAAAGGGUAGUUCUUGAAUACAAUGGUGUUUUGAGGCACUAUGUUUACUACAACAAUGAGAGUAAUUCAUCAGUAACUCUCCUACCUCAAAAUAUUUGUGUAGAUAUUACAGAUCAAGAUGGACCAGGAGCCUGCGGUUUCAACAGCUACUGCAGCCUUGGAGAUGACCGGAGACCAAAGUGUGGUUGUCCAAAUGGUUACACAUUGAUCGAUUCCAACGACGAGAGCAGAGGAUGCAAGAGAAGCUUUGAGGCUCAAAGUUGUGGUGGUGAAGCAGUUGAAUAUGAAUAUGAAGAUGAUGAUAAUGGUUUUGAGUUUAUAAGCAUGGAAAACACAUUCUGGCCUAAGUCGAAUUACGAUCACUUUCAACAGGUGAAUGAGGAGUGGUGCAAGAAGGUGGCUUGCCUUGGUGACUGUUUCUGUGCCGUUGCAUAUUUCAAAAAUGGUGAGUGUUGGAAGCUGAAAGUUCCUCUUGUUAAUGGGAGGAGAGAUCCCAUUGUUGGUGGCAAAGCACACAUCAAAAUAAGAAAGGAUUCUACUAGAAAUGGAAAAGUUUUGGAAAAGAAUAAACAUGAUAACAAUGAUUCAAAACUCAUACUCAUUGGAUCUGUUUUCUUAAGUGGCUCAGUGUUUAUGAAUGUACUUCUUUUGUUAUCAACUUGUUUUGUUAUUAUUCGAUUCAAACAGAAGACGAAAGCAAUUGUUCCACCGAAAUUCGAAGCCAUCAAGGGAAAGAGCUUAAGAAGCUUUAGUUAUGAGGAGCUAGAGAAAGCAACCAAUAAGUUCAGUGAGCAACUAGGAAGUGGUGCUUUUGGUACUGUUCUCAAAGGAGUUAUAAGCAUUAAUGGUUAUAGUAACUGUAUUGCUAUUAAGAAGUUGGACAAAAUAGACAUGGCGAGAGAAGCAUCAGGUGAGCAGGAGUUCAAGGCAGAAGUAAGUGCCAUUGGUCGUACGAAUCAUAAGAAUUUAGUUCAGCUAAUUGGGCUCUGCAAUGAAGGGCAACACCGAUUACUCGUCUAUGAAUUCAUGAGCAAUGGUUCUGUAGCGAGCUUUGUUUUUAGACCAUCUCCAAGGCCAAGCUGGCACCACAGAACACAAAUUGGUUUAGACAUAGCAAUGGGGCUUUGUUACUUACAUGAAGAGUGUAGUACACAGAUCAUACAUUGUGAUAUUAAACCUCAAAACAUCCUCCUAGAUGACUCAUUUACAGCAAGAAUAUCUGAUUUUGGAUUAGCUAAGAUUUUGACAAAGAAUCAGACUCAAACAAAGACUGGAAUAAGAGGAAGCAGAGGGUAUGUUGCACCUGAAUGGUUCAAAAACUCAGGUGUGAGAGUUAAGGUUGAUGUGUAUAGCUAUGGUAUAGUGUUAUUGGAAUUGAUUUGUUGCAGGAGGAACUUUGAAGCUAAGGUAGAAGAAGAAAAUGAAAUGAUACUGUGUGAUUGGGUUUAUGAUUGCUAUAAAGAUGGGAAAAUGGAUAUGGUUUUGGUGAAUGAUGAAGAAGCCUUGGGUGACAUGAACAGAGUAGAGAGGUUUGUAAUGGUUGCAUUGUGGUGUAUUCAAGAGAAUCCAUUGUUGAGACCCACCAUCAAAAAAGUUAUUCAUAUGCUUGAAGGAAUCAUUCAAAUUUCUAUUCCUCCCAACCCCUCUUCAUUUACUAAUUAA